AUGAGUGGCGUGCCACCGCCGCCAUCAGCAAUCAUGAACGGAACCAACGGAAUGCACCACAAGAUGAUGAUGCACAUGACAUUCUUUUGGGGCAAGGAUGCAUUGAUCCUUUUCUCUGGCUGGCCUGGUACAAGUUCAGGCAUGUACGUGAUAGCGUUGGUAUUCAUUUUUGUGCUUGCCGUCCUGGUUGAGUGGCUCUCUCAUUGCCGAUUCAUCAAGCCAGGGUCUAACGAUGUCGCAGCUGGUCUUAUCCAGACAUUAAUACAUGCUAUCAGGGUUGGUCUUGCCUAUAUGGUAAUGCUUGCGGUCAUGUCCUUUAAUGGUGGUGUGUUUAUUGUUGCCGUUGCUGGACAUCUUGUAGGGUUUUUGAUUUUCGGAAGUAGAGUUUUCAAGGAUACAGAGUUGCCGCCGUAUCGAAAGACCUCCGAUCUUCCUCCAAUGAGUUGUUAA